AUGAACGCUGCAAGAGCAACACCACAACGCAAUCUUCACGAAAGCGCGCACCUUGGCCAGCCCUCGAGAUCUAGACCGUGCAGCUCGAGUCGCCAGCUGGCAAUGGACGACCAACGGCAGGGAAGCUUCCCGCGACCGGACCUGCAGAGCCCUGAGCAGCUCGGCAAUGGCCACAAUGGCCUCGACCUGGACGUCGACCGUUCAGAGCAGUGGAUGAACGAUUACUAUGACCGCCGAGCCACGAGAACUCAUGGUCCCAAUGGCAGCUCGCAUCCCGACGAUCAUAUCUCCAGCGACGGCGAAGCGUUCCCCCCGCAGCGCGUCGACUGGGAGGCCAUGAGAGCCAGUGCCAACAUGGAGGAAUAUCUACGGAAUGCGCCUAUCCCAGAGUACUCGGACGAGGAAGGCAUCAGUAUGCCUCUCGAUGACCUUGGCGAGAUUUCCGGCACCGACACUAGCGUUGAGGACGGCGAGAAUGGGGACCUCGUCGGGGACCCUCAUGAAGAGCCCGACUUCGACCCCCUCGCUGCCGGUCUGAAGGAGAUUUCCAACCUGGGGAAGUUCACUGUCAGCAGCCACAAGCAGGGCAAUGGCGUUGAGCAGCUUCGUGACGACAGCCUGAAGACGUACUGGCAAUCCGAUGGGCCUCAGCCUCAUAAACUGACGGUAUACUUCAUCAAACGGGUCGGCAUCAGAGACAUUCGCUUCUUCGUAGACUACAGUGAGGACGAGUCUUACACGCCCACCAAGAUCAUCUUCAAGUCAGGCACCAGCGAGAACAACCUAAUCCAAUUCGCAACCAUGGAGAUGUCGCAACCAUCCGGCUGGCAGAAGGUCCCAGUGGCCGGCGCUGGUGGCGGUCCUGACGGCAAUACGCUGGUCUCGUACGUGUUCCAGAUGCAAAUACUCGAGAACCAUCAGAACGGAAAGGACACACACCUGCGGUCAAUCAAGAUAUAUGCGGCGGAUACCGAUGCCCCCAAUGUCGAUGUGGAUAGUACGAAUCAUAAGAUUGUGAACGCGGAGGUGGAUGAUGAGGCGGAGGUGGGGCCCGCCGACCCUUGGGACCUCUCCGUGCUCGACGCCGGCCUCACCAUUCCCGAUUUCAUGAAAGAACCUGAAAUCCGAUGAGGAACGACAGGGCCAAAGCCCUAGUUCUCUUCUGAGGAUCUGAGCUGAGAAUGACGACGAGAAGGAGCCAGGUUGUGAUGAGCAGCACACGUUACUGCAACUUAUUCCUACUGUAAUGAUACCCCAAAAUCGGAUGCUGAAAACGGUUACACCAGGGCCGGGAUUCUGGCGACGGCACGGUCAUAGACCAAGGCUGCACGUUCCAGGGGAGCCCUCAGCAUUAAUGUGGCCAACCUGUUGGUCGGUCUCUUGUAUCCCUAUUCCCGCAUAGUUAUGAACGACUUUCACACCAUUUUCUUGCAUCUACAACUUGUUAGUAUGCCUGGUCAGGCAGCCCCCCCAGGUUUCCUGCAUCACACAUCUAGCGCGAGCGGCUGAGGUCUGCGGCCAGUCGCAUGGCACCACCAACAGUACCCCCUGCAGCAGGACCGGAC